GCUUUCCGCGGAGUCCCCGAGGCGUCCCUGAACCACCGCCCGGCGGACCCGCCUUCAGUUUUGCUUAUCAAUGCCUGAAGGAAAGAUGGCUGACAUUAAUUUCAAAGAAGUGACUAUCAUAGUUGGUGUGGUUGCUGCCUGCUACUGGAACAGUCUGUUCUGUGGGUUUGUUUUCGAUGAUGUUUCAGCAAUUCUAGAUAACAAAGAUCUGCAUCCAUCUACGCCUUUAAAAACUUUAUUUCAGAAUGAUUUCUGGGGGACACCUAUGUCUGAGGAGAGAAGCCACAAGUCAUACAGACCCUUAACAGUGUUGACAUUUCGCUUAAAUUAUCUACUUAGUGAACUAAAACCAAUGUCUUACCAUCUCCUAAACACGGUUUUUCAUGCCAUUGUUAGUGUGAUAUUUCUUAAAGUCUGCAAACUUUUUCUGGACAAGAGGAGCAGUGUGAUUGCUGCCCUGCUCUUUGCGGUGCACCCGAUCCACACAGAAGCAGUAACAGGUGUUGUAGGAAGAGCUGAGCUUUUAUCAUCUGUCUUUUUUCUGGCUGCAUUUUUGUCAUAUACUAAAUCAAAAGGACCAGAUAAUUCCAUAGCAUGGACCCCGAUUGCAUUGACAGUGCUUUUAGUGGCUGUUGCAACAUUGUGUAAAGAACAAGGAAUCACAGUUGUUGGAAUUUGUUGUGUAUAUGAAGUAUUUGUUGCCCAAGGGUAUACUUUGCCGUUAUUAUGUACAGCUGCUGGCCAGUUUCUCCGUGGAAAGGGUAGCAUUCCCUUUUCCAUGCUGCAGACACUAAUAAAACUCAUUGUCUUGAUGUUCAGUACGUUGUUACUUGUCGUGAUUAGAGUCCAAGUUAUUCAGUCUCAACUUCCAGUAUUUACAAGGUUUGAUAAUCCAGCUGCUGUAAGCCCAACCCCUACACGACAGCUGACUUUUAACUACCUCCUUCCUGUGAAUGCUUGGCUUUUAUUGAAUCCUUCAGAGCUGUGCUGUGAUUGGACAAUGGGGACAAUACCACUUAUAGAAUCAUUUCUAGAUAUUCGAAAUCUUGCCACUUUUGCUUUCUUUAGCUUUCUGGGGGCUUUGGGAAUAUUCAGUCUCCGAUAUCCUGGUGAUUCCUCGAAGACUGUCCUAAUGGCACUUUGUUUAAUGGCAUUACCGUUUAUUCCUGCAUCAAAUCUUUUCUUUCCUGUUGGAUUCGUUGUUGCUGAGCGAGUGCUGUAUGUCCCUAGCAUGGGCUUCUGUAUUUUAGUAGCUCAUGGAUGGCAAAAAAUUUCAAAUAAAAGUGUAUUGAAAAAACUCUCUUGGAUUUGUCUGUCCAUGGUGAUUUUAACCCAUGCCUUGAAAACACUCCAUAGGAAUUGGGACUGGGAGUCUGAAUAUACAUUAUUUAUGUCGGCAUUAAAGGUGAAUAAAAACAAUGCCAAAUUAUGGAAUAAUGUGGGUCAUGCUCUGGAAAAUGAGAAGAACUUUGAGAGAGCGUUGAAAUACUUCCUGCAGGCUACCUACGUUCAGCCAGAUGAUAUCGGUGCCCACAUGAAUGUAGGAAGAACUUACAAAAAUUUAAACAGAACAAGAGAAGCAGAAGAGUCGUACAUGUUGGCUAAAUCACUGAUGCCUCAAAUUAUUCCUGGUAAAAAAUAUGCAACCAGAAUUGCCCCAAAUCAUUUAAAUGUCUAUAUCAAUCUAGCCAACCUCAUCCGAGCAAACGAGUCCCGCCUGGAGGAGGCGGAUCAGCUGUACCGGCAGGCAAUAAGCAUGAGGCCGGACUUCAAGCAGGCCUACAUUAGCAGGGGAGAGUUGCUUUUAAAAAUGAAUAAACCUCUCAAGGCGAAAGAAGCAUAUCUUAAAGCCCUAGAGCUGGACAGAAACAACGCAGACCUGUGGUACAACUUGGCAAUUGUUUAUAUCGAGCUCAAAGAACCCAAUGAAGCUCUGAAAAACUUCAAUCGGGCUUUGGAAUUAAAUCCCAAACAUAAGCUAGCAUUAUUCAAUUCUGCUAUUUUAAUGCAGGAGUCAGGUGAAGUUAAACUUAGACCUGAAGCUAGAAAACGGCUUCUGAGCUACAUAAAUGAAGAGCCACAAGAUGCUAACGGCUAUUUCAAUUUGGGAAUGCUUGCUAUGGAUGACAAGAAGGAUUCUGAAGCUGAAGCUUGGAUGAAGAAAGCCAUCAAAUUACAAGCUGACUUUAGAAGUGCUUUGUUUAACCUGGCUCUCCUGUAUUCACAGACGGCUAAGGAGUUAAAGGCAUUGCCAAUCUUAGAAGAGCUGCUCAGAUACUACCCUGACCAUACCAAGGGUCUCAUUUUAAAAGGUGAUAUUCUGAUGAACCAGAAGAAGGAUAUACCUGGAGCCAAAAAGUGUUUUGAGAAGAUACUGGAAAUGGAUCCAAGCAAUGUGCAAGGAAAGCACAAUCUUUGUGUGGUGUACUUUGAAGAGAGGGACUUAUUAAAAGCCGAAAGAUGCCUGGUGGAAACAUUGGCAUUAGCACCUCACGAGGAAUAUAUUCAACGCCAUCUGAGUAUAGUCAGGGAUAAAAUUUCCUCUUCUGGUAUCUUAGAGCAGCCAGUGUCCCAAGUUGAUAAGACAUCGGGUAUAACAGAAGAAAGAGAUGAAAUCCCUUCUGAGCAUGUAAAAGAAAUCAGAAGUGAAUCCAGUCCAGCACAAAUCAUAAAAACAAAUGAUCGUAAAAACUCGAAAUCCAACAAGCAAUCAACAGAAAAUGCAGACAGAGAGGCCCCCCAUAAAACAGCAAAAGACAUCAAGGAAAUUGAGAAGAAAAGAGUUGCUGCUUUGAAAAGACUAGAAGAGAUUGAACGUAUUUUAAAUGGAGAAUAAUACCAUUCUUUAUCAUGUAACAAUGGUAUCAAAGAACUUCAGUCUAUAUCAUGUGUUUGCUUGUACUGGAAACUAAAAAUAUCAAGAAAAAUAUA